AUGAAGACGAUAGAACUGCUCGGAAAGGAGGUCCGAUUGAAUCCGGGGGUGGGGAUUUUCAUAACCAUGAACCCGGGGUAUGUAUCCAAUGCAAAAGUAUCGCACUCCGAGUAAUUGGAACUGCAGUUACGCAUGACAAAUCUCAUACUCUAUUCUGCAGUCCAGCAUGACAAACUGCAUCUUUCUGGUUGAGUAAAUUUGUUGUAAUGUGAUUUCUACUACUGCAAUGCUUUUGCAGUGCAUAGUGUGCGGGGCGGAGCAAUUUACCGGAUAACUUGAAGCAGUUGUUCCGCGAAAUGGCGAUGAUCACACCGAAUAAGAGCUUGAUCGCGGAAGUCCAGCUGUUCUCCCGGGGUUUCGCCACCGCGGAAAGGCUUAUGAGAGUGCACAACUCCCCCUGCCCCUCAUGUGUCAUGCAAAAUACCUAACUUACGCCUUGGCUCUUGGCAUGGUUUGCAUGACAAGUUCUGGCAGCCCAAAUCGCACUACACUCCUCUACAAAUUUGUCGUGCAGAACCUGUAUUCUUGCUGAUGCUUGUAUUGCUGUUCAUGCAAUACAAUGAGGGGAGUUCUUGUGCACUUUCAUAAGGCUCGGGGGCAGGAUCGUGUCCCUGUUCGACUUAUGCCUGGACCAACUCUCCCAGCAGCCACACUACGACUUCGGCUUACGGUCCCUUCGUGCGGUGUUAACCACGGCGGGGAACAUGAAAAAGGACACAGCGAACAGCGAGGAAAGUAAAGGACAGGCAGCAAAGCAGCAGUCAGCAGAGGAAAUCGCAAAGGCAGAAGAGGAUCUGCUAGUUGGAUCCAUCUGCAACACUUUGGUCCCGAAACUAGUUGCAGAAGACAAGCCCUUACUCCGGUCCUUACUCUCCGGGGUUUUCCCGGGGCAAGAUUUAGUCGUGAUGGAGGAACGCGAGCUGGAGGAGGA